AUGAACAAUCUGCCACAGGAACUUGUCGACGAGAUAUGCAGCUACAUGCCCACGGAGGACUUGAAGCAUGUGCUCAUGCUCAAUCGCCAGUUUCGCUAUGGUGCAGAGCGAUACUCUGGGUUCUUUGACGAGUACACUAUUAAGGAAGAUAGUAUAGAGUUCCUUUCGUGUUACUCCUGCCAUCGCCUGCUUUGCCUCAAGGAAGUUAUCUUCAAGCCAAUGCUCCCACCUGUGUUGAAAUCGCCAGAUAGCGAAGAGUUACCGUGCCGUGAGAGCGCCGAGGAAAUACGUGAGAAAGAUGAAUCCUUUACUCGCCAGGUUCAACACCUCUUCGACGUUCAACACCUCUCCAACACUCUUAGCCUGUUGGAGCAACAGGCUGGGGCCAGCAGUCAAAGAUACAUUCAGCUUAAGCCUGGCCAUUUUAUCGAAUAG